AUCUAAUUUUGGCACGUUCAAGUAAAUUGAGUAUUACAGUAUUGUUUGAAGACAUACUAUUAUAGUCUAGGUUAAUUAUCAACAAUGUCAAUGAUACUAAACGAAUGCUUUUUUAGUGCUUUUGUGUACGUGUCCAAGAGAAAACAGGAAAUCUGGAAUAUCGGUAUGAAGAAGAGAUUUUUAACGUUGAACAAUAAUUCAGUGAAUCUUAUCCUUUGGAAUUCGGAGCUAAAGGAUACUAUUGUAGAUAGUAUCAAUAUUAUUAGUUCUGUUUUUGUGAUUGAAUACGAGGACCUUCAGCCAAUAUUACGUAUUAGGUUGCCGAAUAAUACAACGUACUUCCUAAAAUCAGUUUGUGACGAACAACAUCAAAUGCUAAAUAUUUUAAUAGAAAUUUUACAUAUACAAAGGAAACUGUUUCUAAAUUGCGAUUCAAGUCUUCAACGACAACUUAGACCAUUUAAGGGAUAUUUGGAAUGGGCUGACAGUUCGACUAAAAACGAAGGGUUUGCGUAUAAUAAUACUGCAGAAGAUAAAAUUUUAUUGGAAUUAAACAAAAACCCGACGAGAACAAAACAAAUAGAAGAUAAUCAAAUUAAUUGCAAUACAUUUGUUGAUAGACGUUUGAGUCAGAGUUUAUCCGAUCUACGAUUAUUGGAUUAUGAUUAUUGCCGAAUGAAAAGUAUUUCGGAGAAUGAUUUGAGUAGAGAUAUUGAAGAAGUUGAAAGUUUAUUUAGAGCGCUUGAGGAGAAAAUUCGCAAAAGAGAAGAUAAUCAUUUUAUAAAUAGGACAAAAUCGCUAAGAAUGUAUCUGGAGAAAUCGGCCGAAGCUGAAAAAGAUAAAUCAAAGAAAUCAAUAUUUUACGUUGCCGUAAAUACGAAUUGCGACGAUUCCAAGUAUUCAAAGUCGGAAAAGUUGGAAAGGAUUCUUAAUUAUCAAACAAGAUAUAUACAAUUAUUAGUUGAGGCAGUUAAAGAAAAGGAUAACAGAUUCAGGCAGCAUAUAGAAAAAGAGCACGAAAGCUUUAAAUUUUUACAGAAAGUUGUUAAAGAUUUGUCACAAGAAUGUAAUGAUCUUAAGGAUAUCAAUGCUGCUUUUAAGAAACAAAUCAAUUUAUUGAAUGAAGAGAUAAUUUCUAUUCAAAAUUUACGAGAGCACGAAUCAAAAUCGAAUGAGAAUUUUAGAAAAGCUCAAUUACAAAUGGAACCUAGAAUAGAAAAGCUAAAAAGUCUCUAUAUUGAAAUGAUGAGAAAUAUCGGAAAUGCUAAUGAUAGGAGUAAGUUUUUAUUCUUUAUCUUUUUUUUUCUUAUCUAUUUCAUCAAUUGUCACAAUUUUUUUGUUUUUCUUUUUGUGUGUUAAAAAAUUGAUUGUCCCUUUAUUAGAUCAUUAUUAAUCUCGUUCUUUCUCAUAAUUUUUUUUAUUAUUCGUAUGUACAAACCAUUCAAAUUACUCAGGAAAUAAGUUAUCAGAGUCAACAGAUACUCUCAUAAAUAAAUCAAAGGUCAAUAUUAAUUAGUUAUAUGAUUGCAAGAACGAAAAAAGACAAGAAUAUGGCUGAAAUGAUAAAAAGUACCGUUAGAUAAUUCACGGCUGCUAACAAUAAAGGAAUUAGUCGAAAUAUCGCAAUUUUCAACGCAAAAUUGCAUGCCGCUAUGGCAACACAGGCGACAAGGAGAGUAAAAAGUACAGCUGUUAAUCGCUUUAAGUUGUUACUUGUCACUAAAUUAUCCAAAAUUCGGUGUAUGAAAAAAGUAAAUCUCAGGAAGGUUAUCAAUAUAGAUAAGGAGAAAUACUGCUGUAGUGAAGCGGCCUUCUCCCUUUGUUCUUCCUCUCUCUCUAAAAUUUUGUACAAUUUCGGUGAUAGACCAGUGUAAGAGAUUUGACGAGAGCUUUUCCGAUUUAAUUUCUUUCUAUUCCUGUAUUUAACUUUUUUAUGACUUGAGUUGGACUCGGAAGAGGAUGUUUCUAAAUUUGAUGUAUCGGAAGAGCUUUCAACGGAACAAUUGCAGGAACAUGAAGGACAUUUUUCGGAAUAUUUAAAUUUUUCAUAACGAGUAUAUUCUACAAAUCCACGAUAAUUUCGAUGAGAAGAAAAUUGUUCAUCCUCGUAGAAUUGUUGUUUUGAAUAUUGAAAUUUAGGAGAUUGUAUAGAUGAUAUAUCCGAUGAAGAUUUAGGUUUAAGUAGAUGUUUUAUACUGUAUUUAGGUAUCAGUUGAGUUUCUUGUUCAAAUACAUAUUUCUUAUUUUCCUUAUCCAUCAUUGAUAAUCCAUGGAUUCUCUUAAAUGUCUCUUCUAUUAUUCCAAAUCUAUCCCGAAAGAAAACGAUUAACGUGCAUUUAAUCUAGAACAAACAUGUGUCAAAUAAAUACUUUUUGUUUGUUAAUUCUCAAAUUACAUCAGUUCUUUUGUGAGUUUAGAAAUCAGAUGUGAAAUUUACUGUUUAUGGGAAAUAAUAAGACAAUACCUUUAUCCCUUGAAAUGAUCCUUUAAAAGCCGUUGCUUUUUCUCUACUGUUCGAAGUCAACGUGUUUACUGAUAAAAAAAUCAAAAUGGUUUUGCUAACUAUAUUUAUCAAGCUCUGUUGGAAUUUGGGUUAUG